AUAUUUUCAACUACCAAAGUGUUAGAUAAAGAACUUUUUUUAAAAAAAAAAUUAAACAUGAAGAGCUUUGUUGGUUAUGUAGAGGCCAUGGAGGUCCACAAACCCUACAUUGCAAUGUUGUUUGUUCAAUGUGUUUAUUCUGGAAUGGCUUUGUUCUCAAAAGCAGCCAUUUCUCAAGGCAUGAACCCGCCCAUCUUCGUCUUCUAUCGUCAAGCUUUUGCUACCGUUGCCAUGGCGCCUCUCGCCUUCUUAUUCGAAAGAAAAAAGGCAGUUCCUUUAUGUUUCAAGUUCCUUUCCAAAGUGUUCUUGGUUUCUCUAGUUGGGAUCACUUUGAGUUUAAACCUUUAUUAUAUAGCAAUCAACCAUACAUCAGCAACAUUUGCAGCUGCAACUACCAAUACCAUCCCUGCCAUUACCCUCCUCUUGGCUCUCCUUUUCAGAUAUGAAAGCAUUUGCAUAAGAAAGGUUGAAGGGAUGGCCAAAUUGAUGGGGGCAAUGAUAGGUUUUUCAGGGGCUUUAGUAUUUGCCUUUGUGAAAGGUCCACCAAUGAAAUUCAUGAAUUGGUAUCCACAAACAAAUAAUAACAAUAAUAAUAAUAAUUCAAAUUCAAAUUCAUUUCAACCUUACUCCACAUUGGAAUGGAUUAAGGGUUCAUUCACUAUGCUUUCAGCCAACAUUGCUUGGUCUCUGUGGCUUGUUUUGCAGGUUCUAUUCCUUUUCUACCCUUCUCUUUCAAUUUUUUUUACUGGGUUUUUUCAUUUUUUUUUUUUUGAAGAAAUUAAAUUUUGUUCUCUUAAGGGCUUCAUUGUGAAGGAAUAUCCAGCAAAAUUGAGAAUUACAACUUUGCAAUGUUUCUUUAGCUUGAUUCAAUCAGCUUUGUGGGCUGUGGUAAUGGAGAGAAAGCCACAAGCUUGGAAACUUGGAUGGAAUCUUCAACUCUUCUCUGUUGCCUAUUGUGGUGUAAUUGUGACUGGAAUGACCUAUUGGCUACAAAUAUGGUGUGUGGAGAAGAAAGGGCCAGUUUUCACAGCUAUGUUUACACCAUUAGCUCUCAUCAUAACAGCAAUCUUCUCAGCAUUGCUAUGGAAGGAAUCCCUUCAUUGGGGAAGUGUUGGUGGAGCUAUUUUACUAGUGAUGGGCCUUUAUUUUGUUUUGUGGGGAAAGAAGAAAGAAGAUGGUAAAAUUGAGACAAUUGAACAAAGACAUGACACCAAAGAGGAAACCAUUUUGGAGUGCAUUACAACACAUCAUUGAAUUAUCCAAUUCACCUUCCAUUUACCAAGUCCAAUGAUCAUCACCACAUUUCCUCUUCUUUUUUCCUAUGGUAAUUAAUUGGUAAAUAUAUAUGCCAUUAUUAUACCAAAAAAAUUAAUUAUUUCAUAGUCAUCACUAAUUAAUCUAUGUCUUUUCUUUC